AUGAUCAUCACCAUGAACACAUUUGCUGUCCUCGUCUGCCUCGCCGCCGUCGCCGCUGCCUCCCCGCAGUUCAGGGCUCCGACUCGACAGACCUUCCAGGACGAGCGUCAGGUGGCCAUCUUGAGGGACGACCGCCAGGAUUCCGGCGACGGCAACUUCAACUACAACUUUGAGACCGAAAACGGAAUCAGCGUUUCUGGUUCGGGAGCUCCGGGAUCUGAGGGCCAGAGCAACAUGCAAGGCAGCUACAGAUUCACCCUCCCCGACGGAACCAUCGCCGAAGUGAGAUACGUCGCCGACGAGUUCGGAUUCCGUGCCGAAAAUCAACUGAAAUCCUCUGUUAUUAAUGAAGAUGAGGAGGUAAAUUAUAUUACAGCAUUCAAGUUACUAGGGGCAAACAAGUGA